GAGUCGGCUAGGACGGAUGUAAGGUAUAAUAUGUUAAUCAACAUAUAAAGGGGUUGAGAGUCCUCUGCAAGAAGUUUCUUCUGUACAGCACAACACAACACAUUUUCAAAGCCUUCCAUCUUAUUCCUAGCCAACUCUAUACCCAAUCAAUUGACCAAUCAAUCAAAUUUCUUAAUCAUCACCCAAUAUUACCAUCGAUAUGCAACUCACACUUCUCACCCCAAUCAUCCUCCACCUCGCCUCAGUCCAUGCCCUUCCAACUCCAGUCCAAGCCACAAGCUCCAGCAACUCCACCGACUCCAGUACAAACAACACAGGCCAUUACCCCCACGCAGCUCAAAAUCACGUCGUUGCAAUCGUCGACCUCUGUGGUAAAGGUGGCUGCCAACCCAAAGUAUGCAACCAUAAUUUUCUAAUCAAUUUAAAUGGGUAUUCAGCUGUAACGGAGGGUUGUAGUACAAGUGUAAAGAUUACGACGGGGAGCGGUAAUUCCUACUCUGGAAUCUUUGGUCUCGACUUCCUGGAUUGGCAAAAAAAACCUCUACAAGCUGCUGUCAACGGCUUCAAAGAUGCAACUCAUGUGCUGGAAUGGUCAUGGCCCAGCUAUUUUUGGGACACAUUUCAAAAGCGGCCGCCUCCAUUGGACUUGAAGGAAUUCCCACUAUGGCAAGCACAAAUCAGAUCCUUCAUGCUUUCGAUGGUCAUUUCCGAGGGUCUCUACGCAUUCCCUACCACUUAUUUAUCCUCUCUUCCUCCAUAAUGAGCCCCGUUUCAAAUCUCAUUACCAGAAGUCAAUAUAUAGAAGUUGUCAGAAACGGUCAUGAAAUAUCUUAAGUUGACCAAGCACAAUCCAAGAAGAU